UUGUUUAAUGCACCCCUCCUUUAUUUACUGCACCGCUCUUUUUUAAUUGCACUCCUGUUUUAUUUAGUUUUGCACUCCUCUUUUUUCUAUCUCGUGGCCACGACAUAGAUACGAGUUAUUAAGUCGUAGCCUCGAGUUAAUAAGUCGAGGCCACGAGAUAGAAAAAAGAGGAGGGUAGUUUAAAAAAAGAGGAGUGAAUGUCACCUCUAUGCCACCGUAGUUAUCUGUAUAGUUAACUCCCUUAGUUUAAAAUUUGCUUAUGUAAACAAGUUGAAAGUAUUGUUUAGAGCUAAACAUAAUCACAUAAAUAUGUUUUAAUUAAUUUUUAACAUGAAAUUUUCUCCCUAGAAUAUUACCGUAGGUAAAAUUUAUGUGACCUUUGCCCAUGCAGAUCUUUUAAAUGAAGUUGGACUGUCAGUGAACAGAUUCUUCUUCGUAGGUCUUGGCACCCCAAACACGUUGAUAUAUACCGGAUAUGGGGAAGAAGAAGCAUAUGGCAAAUAGCCUACAGGCUGUGCAGAGCAAUAGCAAGACAACUGAUUUAAAAACAAGUGUUGCCACAUCUGCUGACGUAUGGAUAAUAUGCAUACAUGGCCUGUUUGUGCAGUGCAUUUACAUUUACACCAUGUACCCUACUAUUCCUGGUGGAGAUUCAGGUGAACUUAUCACUGCUGCUCAUGAGCUUGGGGUGGCCCACCCCCCAGGUUACCCUGUGUUCACUCUGAUGGCCUGGCUAGCCAUCAAGCUGGUGCCACUGGGGUCUGUGGCCUGGCGGGUGAACCUGCUCAAUGCUGUAUUGGCUGCUGGAGCCUCACUGGUCUUCUCUAUCACCAUCUAUAGGUACACACGAUGUGUGGGCAGUGCUGUGUUAGGGUCCUCUCUGUGGUCAUUCUGCAAACUGACCUGGACCUGGUCAGUAUCGGCCGAAGUGUUUGGACUCAACAACCUGUGUGUGGCCUCUCUUCUCUACCUCAUGGUGGCUUUCAGGGAUGCAAAGGAUGAUGCAAAACUCAAGGUUGCAUAUAUUGGUGCUUUUGUGAGUGGUCUGUCGCUAUGUAACCAGCACACCAUUGUUGUCUAUGUAGCAGUGAUUGCAGUCUUGGUCCUUUGGGAACUAUGGAAUGCCAAGGUGCUCUCUGUCACAAAGCUAGUACAGUUGGGUAUGUGUUUCCUGUUGGGACUGGUUCCCUACAUUUACCUCCCCUUGUCCUCACUCUUUAGCAAGGCUCGCUGGUCGUGGGGGGACCAGUCUACACUGAAGGGAUUUAUGAGACAUCUGCUGCGUGCUGAGUAUGGGACCUUUGAUCUGGCCAAGGGACAGAAUGUUGAAAGCAGAAGCCUUGUGUUUUCAAACUUAAGAGGCUAUGUAGACCACUGCAUAUCUGAAUACACCGCAGUAUGUGUGGUUCUUGCAAUAGUUGGAAUUGGGGUAUCUAUUGUCAGGAGAUGCCGCUGCAUGUCCACAGUGCUUGCUAUGUGUCUGCUGUACCUGGUUAUGUUCUCUUGGCGGGCUAACCUCUCACUGUCUGAACAGCUCCACCUUGGAGUGGUUGAAAGGUUUUGGAUGCAGGCUGACAUGGUGUUUAUUCUGUUUGUAACAUUGGGUUUCUUCACGGUUUUGAGAUUCCUUAAAGAUAAAACUGAUACUGUCAGUAAAUACCGACUGGGUUUGGUGCUUGCAGUGAUGGCAUGCUCAAAACAGCUGCAGAGGAAUUUUGCAGACUGUAACCAUAGAAACAACACUGUUGUGUGGGAGUUUGGUUCCAGACUUUUUCACAACAUGCCCCAGAAUGCCCUUGUUCUCACUGUGGGUGACCUGCCAUCUAAUGUUCUCAGGUACAUAUACUGGUGUGAAAACGACAGGCCUGAUGUUCAAGUUCUAGAUCAAGAGCUGCUGUCAUACAGCUGGUUUGUCCCGAAGUUACGCCAUGCCUAUCCCAACAUCAAAUUUCCUGGACACCACAUGGAGACACAGAAUGGUCGCCUAAGCAACGGACAGUGGGUGUUCAACUUCAGGGCAUUCCUUAAUGCACAUUAUGAUAAGUACCCAAUUGUUGGCUGUAUUGGCAUGCAGACGAGAGAGACAUCCUGGACAGAAGAGUUCGACACGUUCCCCUUCGGCCCUUGUUCUUUAGUAGCGAGAAGGGGCCAGCCCCUACAUCUGGAGAGGUUCCUAGAUCUGGCCUUGAACAUGUCCCAUGGAUGGACUUACCCUUUCCAAGGGUUUGAUGGUCGAACAUGGGAACGUGUGGCUACAGAUGAGAUGUGGAGCGCCAAGACAAAUAUUCCACUGGAGCUGUACAAGAAAGCUGUUAAGUUGAAGGAGACGUCUCAGGAAUAUUCCGACCUUAUGAUCCGCUCAUACGAGCUAUACAAAGCUUCAGUGGAUGAUGUGCCAGUUGACGCGAUCCCGUAUUACUGGCACACGAACUACGCGCUGGCCUGUGAGCGUAUGAUGAGACUCAAACACGGCUACUCCAAGGCCCAGCUACUCAAAGACACCAUUUUCCAUUUUGAAAUGACAGUCGAAAAGAAACCAGACGAGAAAGAUGUGCCCAUAAUCAUCGAAUCGAUAAAGGAGCUUAAGAAAUAUGUUGGGGUUAUAAAAUGAUGAGAAUAGUGUAUGAUAUACAAUUUUUAUCGAAAGCCUAAAAUAAUUAUCAUUACUCACGAAGAAAGUACUUAUGUUACUGCAUCUCAUGCAGUAAUGCACAUGGAUGAUCUGGUUUUUUCCAUUUGAUUAAGAUCGUCAACACAGGUCAGCCCUUGUUUCUGUUCUUACCUUUGCUAUUAGAUCCUGUAUUAACCUUUGCAAUUUAUUAUUUGAAUUUUACCAUUUCUUUGAAAUGUGAAUGGAUUGCAGCUCUUUGUCUGUGAUAAUAUAUAUAUGAUCUGAAUUUUUGUGUAUAAUGACUUAUUUUGCUCAUUAUUCUAAGCAUGUCCAAAGUGAUUAUAUAUUACCAAAAAAAUGUCCUUUGACAUUCUUGUUUGCAUUUAAAAUCUGAUCAUGUAUUUUAUUUUCGUGUAUUAAACACAUAUGUAUGAAUUUUCUUUAAAAACAUGUUAUGGUGUUGUACUAAAGAAAAUCGUUUACCAAUAAGUAAUAUGUAGAAAUAAUCUUUUGUGUAAGAGGCUGUACACAAGCUGGUUAAAUUGGGAUAGAGAACUGUUAAAUCAAUACUGAAAUACACGGUACUUAGCAUUCUGAACUGUUCAGAAAUGUGUUUUGAGCUCACCUGAGCACGUGCUCAAUGGUGAGCUUUUGUGAUCACCUUUUGCCCGUCGUCCAUCCUUAACAUUUGCCUUGUUAACACUCUAGAGGCCAAAUUUAUUGUCCGAUCUUCAUGAAACUUCCAGAUUUGUCUCAAUUAUAUCUUGGACGAAUUUGAAAAUGGUUCCGGUUGGUUAAAAAAUAUGGCCGCCAGGGGGCGGGGCAUUUUUCCUUAAAUGGCUAUAGUAAAAUCUAUCAUAUUUAUAGUCCAAUCUUCAUUAAAUUUGGUCAGAACAUUUGUUCUAAUGAAAUCUUGGAUGAGUUUGAAACUGGUUUCAGUCUGAUGAAAAAUAAUGCAUUAAUGACUGGUAGAAUGUAAAUGUGACUACCCAUUAAUAUUGUCUUAUUAGAAUAACAGACGUAUAAUGGGAAUGUUCUGGUGGUCAAGCAGGCUAAGGAAAAUAUUUGUCCGGUGUAUGUCUUUGUCCACCAUGGAUGGAUUUUUAAAUAACAGAAGUGGUCAGCAUGAUGAGACGGAACUUUGAGUGCAAAACAAGGUGUGGCUCUUAUAAAACCUGUAAUGAUAAACUUAAGUUACUGUGAAAUAUUUGAAAUGCUAGGCUGCAGCCUAUACGAUCAGAUAAUUUCAGUAAUUAUUUUCAUAUAGAUCAUAGUAGUCUUUUUGUUGUGCACUCAAUUCUUUGUCGUAAUGUAAAUUGGUCAUGAUAGUUGAUUUGAUAAGACACUGUCCAGGUCUCUAGGUCCAAGGUCACAAUUCAAGGUCAUUAAGGUCAAAUAGAAUAUUACACAUUUGGUGUCCUUGUGUCUCGGGUAGCUAAAAUCCAUAACAAUAAUAAGGGGAUAGGUUUUAAAGCAUUCACAGAACUAUGGUCCAUCUGUUAACAGGGGUGAGAUUUAAGAACCCCCUCAGGAGAGGAAAAAUGUCCUACCCCCCUAACAGGUUUCAAUCAAACUCUUCAUUCAUACAUAAAACAAGCAAAGUUUAUAACUAUUUGUAAAAUAAGUUUGGCAUUUAAAGGGAGAAUCAGCUGAAAGGAGGAAAAAAUCACACCCCUGGUUAAAGAUAUUAAACUAUCAAGUUCACUAUAUAUCUAAAUUUGUUGAACAAACUAGGUGUAAGUUAGAUUGUAACUAUGUUUAUACACUUAACAAAAAGAUGCUCUACUGCUCCUAGCCUCUGACAACUGAACUAUGAUUGAGGAUACUAGGAUUCUAUACAUUCUGCUAAAUCCAUACAGCGCUUUGUCGGAGCAUGAAUUUGUUCAACAUGGAUGGAUUUUCAUAUAACUUGCCGUAAGGGUUAGGAAUGAUGAGACAAGAACCAAUUAAAGGUCAAAGUUCAAAAAAAGACAAUUUGUAUUUAACCCUUUGUCUUGAGCAUUACUUUGUCAAGCAUGGAUGGACUUUCAUAUCACUUGCCACUUAAGAAUAGCAUGGAUUGUCAGGCUCAGGAACUAGGUCUAAUGUCAAAAUUAAAGGUCAAAUUUAGGAACUUGGUCCUUGAAACUUUUUGCGGAGCAUGAUUUCCAUCAUGGAUUACUUUAAAAAAAACAUGACAGAAAUGAUUAAGUUUGAUGUGGCACAAAAAUCAGGUCCCAUGGUCAACAUUCAAAUUUGAAGGUCAAAUACCAUGAAGGUGACUGUUUUUCCACUUAAGUAGAAUAUGUAGUCCCAGAAAGUGUGUGUACUGAUAGUUGAAUGACCAUAAAUGAUAGGUGAUCUAAAAGUAAUUUUUGUUGCUACCAGUUUGAUGGCUUCUUGUCUUCAUUCCAGUAUAGAAUAUACAGUUGUCAUGCCCACAACUUGGUGGAUGUAGCUUUAAACUUAACAGCUGAAUAACUGAAUGUUUUGAUUAAAUAAUGGAAUAAUUGCAAUUGUGUAUUUAAUAUCAAUAAAAUGCUGUUGCAUGGGAGUAAAUCUUCUUUGACUGGUGGGUUUAUCAGUUCCCAAAAACCUGCAUUCAGGGGGAAUUUGUUUUCUGUGACACAAACAAGAACUACUGACAUAGUUAUCUACUUUAUAUCUAUACAAUUUUACAUUAAUUAAACAGUUUUGUACAAAAAUUAUACCACUAAAUAAUGACACAAACAUAGUUUACAGACACAUAAUUCAGCUAUAAUGUGACAAUAUUGACACAUUUAAACUACUAUAUGUGAAGUUUCGCAGACCUCAUUAAAAGUUUAAACAAGAAGUAUUCAAGAAGUGACCCAUAGUUACAUUUAAUAUAUGAAACAAUAAUGAAUGUUGGAAUGUUGUCUCCACCUAUCUACCCCAGUAACAUUACAUGCUAUUACAACCAUCCAUGUAUUAAACAAUUCAUGCAAAGAUAAACAUGCACUUGGUGUACCAGCAAAGAUAUUUAACACAUUGAACAUUCAUUUUAUUAAUUUUAAUGAGAGAGUACCUACAAUAAAGCAACCCAAGCAGUGGAUUACAAAAUGUAUACUAGUUGUCAAUAUACCUUAAAAAUACAGAAAUAAUUAAAUGGCAGUGUGCACAUUCAAGAAAAAACUUAUAUGUAUGAAUGACACACUUACCUUCAAUACUGAAUUAUCACUUAGAAGAGACUUUCUUGAAACAAAAAAUUCCAUAAAAGCUGAAAGUGUCUCUUGAUUAGUCUGCAGAAUGCACAGUCUAAUCUGGAACCACACUAAAGGUACAUGCAUUAAGCCUGGUUUUCCAAGGGUGCGACUAAAACAUCUUCCCAUCUAGGAAAGCAAUCUAUACAGCACAACAUUUUAAUAAAGGGGUAAAUACUUGUUAAAAAGUUUAUACAUGUAUUGCACAUUGACUAAAUUUAUCUUUUCAAACUGAAUAAUACAUGUGUCACCGUAUGACAAACAUGAUAGUUCAUGCUACUUGUAAAGUUUCACUAUUUUAGCUUCUGUCAAUUAUUAGUUAGUGUAUUCCAUAGAAAAAGGUUUCCGGUCAUUGUAGUUUUGUGUUCAAGUUUUUAUCAUUCUAAUGAACUGAGCAUCAAGAGUUGUUUUAACACUUUUGUCUGACUUGUUUCUCUGAU